GCAGAAGUUGAGCUGAAAGAGGAAGGCUACUUUCCAGUCCUCCUCACACUCGGCUGAUUAACAAACUGUUUUUCUCUCCGUUCACGAUGAAGCUUUUUGGAGCUCUGGUCCUGUUCAUGACUCUGUCAGCAGCAUGUGGACUGAGAUGCUACACAUGCACGGCCACCGACCCUAAAUCCUGCACUGACACCAAAUCUUGUCCUGUUCUCUUCAACCGUUGUUUCUCUCUCAAGAUAGACGGUUAUAACAUGGUUACCAAGGGCUGCCAACACAGCAUAACAUGUGUAGCUGCCAUAGCUUGCUGUGAAGGUAGCUUGUGUAACAGUGCCAUACCAACAGCUCCCUGUGCCAUCCUCCUGCUGGUAUCCUCAGCCGUCAUCAUGCUCUUUCUCUGAGGCUCUGGGACUUUCUUAUUCGUAUACUGUACGUUUUCCUGAUCCAACUUGUACAACUUAAGAAGAAUAAACAACUUCCAUAUUAAACUGCACUGCAAA